ACGGAUUAGAACUGCAAAGACGCUCCGAAGACCCGGAAGUGGUUCUCGGAUAUUUGACCUUUUCAGUAUUGCUGACGGAUAUCUUUAGAAUAGAAGCUUGUCGUAUUCUAGUGUAGUCAGCUUUAUUUGUCAUUAAAACACCGAACAUUUCUUACUUUUGUUCGGGUAAACGGGACACUACCAUGAGCACUAUGUUUGCUGACACAAUUCUAAUCAUAUUCAUCUCUGUUUGUACAGCAUUGUUAGCCGAAGGAAUUACCUGGGUUUUAGUGUAUCGAACUGAAAAAUACAAGAGGCUGAAGGCUGAAGUGGAAAAACAAAGCAAAAAACUUGAGAAGAAAAAGGAAACCAUCACUGAAUCGGCCGGACGUCAGCAAAAAAAGAAGAUAGAGCGACAGGAAGAGAAAUUAAAGAACAACAACAGGGACCUGUCUAUGGUGCGCAUGAAGUCCAUGUUUGCUAUUGGCUUCUGUUUCACAGCUUUAAUGGGCAUGUUCAACUCCAUAUUUGACGGAAGAGUGGUGGCCAAGUUACCAUUUGUGCCACUGUCCUACAUCCAGGGACUAUCGCACCGCAACCUUCUGGGCGAGGAUUACACUGACUGCUCCUUUAUCUUCCUCUACAUCCUCUGCACAAUGUCCAUCAGACAGAACAUUCAGAAGAUGCUGGGCCUUGCGCCCUCCAGAGCAGCAACAAAACAAGCAGGAGGCUUCCUGGGACCUCCUCCACAAGCAGCCAAGUUUUCCUAAAGAGCCUGCAUUAAUUAAACUAACAGAAGAGCAAAGGGAGAGUUUAUGCACUGGAGCAAAUGCAUCCAUUGCAGCUCUUGCGACUGCUUUGUUUUAUGUCAUAUCCAUGUCCUUUAUUUAUCUUUAGCUCUAUCGCUAGAUAUUAGAAAAAUAAGUUUUUGAUAAAAUUCAGUUAAUUACUACAGGUUACAAAUUCCUACUUUAUGCUGAAAAACCUUUUUUAUUAUUGACUGCCACAAUGAUAUUGACCCACUUCAGUAUUAUUGUAUCUCAUCAUCUCCAUAUGUGUGUCCUACAAAUUAAUAAAGUUUUAGGAUUUGCUUUUAUGUGUAUUUGAAAUCAUUUCCCUCCCAGUUUAGGUUUAAUCAACUUUUAUCAUUCUUUUUCCAAAUGAGUCUUUUAUAGAGAAAUUGAGAUUAGGGUUCUGCACAUAAGAACACUCAGCUUUUAGGAAUGGUUUUACAACCUUGUUUUAUUUUUGUGCCAUGGUCCUACAAAUUUAUAAAAAGGAAACAUAUCUUGACUUCUUAUAUUCCCAAUUAGGUUCUGACAGUAUCAGCUGUGCAACCUGAGACACUGAAAUGUAUUUUAAAUUAAGUUGUCUUGUUGACUUCCAGUAGAC